AUGUCUGAUGAUGAGUGUUUGCACUAUGACAAUGAUGAUGAAUCCUCAAGUUAUGGUUGCGGUUUGAUUGGGUUCAAGAAAAACCAAGUGUUUGAUUACAGUUUCAGCAGCAACAUAGAAGAAGAAGAUGAUGAUUUGUUUGAGAUAAAUUUGAAGAAGGAAGAACCAUUAGGUGAUGUUGUUUAUGUGGCAGUUAGAAUAGAUGAUCAAGGUUCAAGCAUGGAAGCACUUUCAUGGGCUUUGAAACACUCAGUUAUACCUUCUAUUACUACUAUCUCUCUUCUACAUGUUUUCCCUCAAAUCAAACUAAUUCCAAGUCCAUUGGGGAAAAUCCCAAGAAGUCAUGUAAAUCAAGAGCAUGUCGACAUCUACUUGGCCCAAGAGAAAAGCAAGAGGAGAAUGUUGCUUCAAAAGUUCAUUGACCUAUGUAAUGAUUCAAAGGUUAAGGUGGAGGUGUUGCUUAUUGAAAGUGACAACGUUGUUAAAACAAUUGUGGAUCUUGUUAAGAAUCUAAAUAUAAUGAAAUUGGUGAUUGGAACAACUACAUCAUCUAAUCUAAGAAAACAUGUGUCAAGAAGGAAAAAUUCUAUUGCGGAGAUGGUGUUAAAAAGUGUAGAAGAAAAGUGUGAUGUGAGAAUCAUAUGUGAAGGAAGAGAAGUGAUCGAUCAGAUGAUUAAUGGCUGCACUUCAUCACAGCAUCAUGAAGUAGAUGUUUUUGUUCGAGUCAAGCGUUUCAUGUCCAAUCCAUUUUCGUUGUUUAGCUCUAGAUAUACUAAUUCAUAG